AUGAAAAGCGAAUCCAACUCUGGGACAGUGGAGGUUUCUAGUGGUGAUAAAGCCUUGGCAGUUGUCAGCCAUGCUGAAGUCGAAAGUUCGUCGUCGUCGUUUGCGGAAAGUUGGCAUUCAAGCCAAAAUCCGUUUCUGGACGCUCAUGUGGAAAAGUAUUAUCGUGACAUCUACACGGACUGCAGCUACGAGUGUCUUGGCAGGUUCGACCCAGAUAUAAAAUGGUCCGAGAAGGAGGAGAAAAACAUCCUGAAGAAAAUCGACUGGCGUGUGGCACUGCCCGCGUGCUUCAUGUUUGCUGCGCUUCAGAUCGAUCGUGGCAACUUGCAACAGGCCGUCGCAGACAAUCUGUUGGAAGACCUGGGAAUGAGCACCAACGAUUACAAUACGGGAAUGCAGCUCUUUUACGCCGCUUUCACAAUUGCAGAGGUGCCCUCGCAAAUGUUGUCGAAACGGAUCGGGCCCGACCGGUUCGUGCCCUGCCAAAUGGUCGCUUGGAGCAUUGUUGCGAUCGCGCAGGCCGCUAUGAGCAACAGAGCUGGAUUUUUCGCGACCCGGUUUUUUCUCGGGCUGCUAGAAGGCGGAUUCAUUGCGGACUUGGUGCUGUGGUUAAGUUAUUUCUACACCUCGAAAGAGCUGACGCUUCGCCUUUCGUGGUUUUGGACCACGCUGUCAGUGGUGCAGAUCGUGACGGCGCUAUUGGCAUUUGCCAUUUUAAGAAUGCGGGGUGUGGGCGGGCUCACCGGGUGGCAGUGGCUCUUGCUUCUAGAGGGAUUGCUCACUUUUUUCAUUGGAUUGUCAGGGUUUUAUUUGAUGGUAGCUUCAGCCGUGCAGACCAAGAAUUGGCUCCAUCCCAAAGGCUGGUUUUCGGAGCGUGAGGAGAAAAUUGUGGUCAAUCGGAUCCUCCGGGAUGAUCCCUCGAAAGGCGAUAUGAAUAAUCGUCAGACUCUGACACUUCGCAAAUUAUGGGCUGCCUUAACUGACUUCGAUCUGUGGCCGGUGUACGCGAUUGGUUUAAUUGCGUACAUUCCAACGCAAACCCUCGCACCCUAUUUGACCUUGAACCUAAAGCAGCUUGGUUUCUCAACUUUCAAUGUUCAGUUGCUUUCGAUCCCGUACAACGUCUUGCACAUAGUGCUGCUACUGCUAAUUACGAAACUUUCAGAGCUCUUCAACGAUAGAUCGUUUGUGUGUUUACUCGCGCCCGUUUACUCGACCUUCCUGCUCGGUUUUAUCAGAUGGUGGAGCGGUUCUAUGGUGCAAGCCUGGCCAACCUAUGUCAUUACGACUUUGUUUCUGGGUCAGCCUUAUAUUCAUGCGAUUUGCGUCUCUUGGGUCUCGAGAAACUCUAAUUCCAUCAAGACGCGCAGUAUCUCAUCGGCGGCGUACAACAUGUUUGUGCAGCUCGGAAGCAUAGCUGCAAGCCAGAUUUAUAGAGCCGAUGACAAGCCAAAGUACCAUCGCGGAAACACCCAGUUGUUUUUCAUUUCGCUCGCCUUGAUUCCUCUGUUGCUGCUCACCAAGGCCUACUACGUCUACCGCAACAAGCGCAAGGAUGAAAUUUGGAACUCUUUCAGCGAGGACGAGAAAAAAGACUACGUUUUCACGACCAAAGACCAGGGCAACCACAGGUUGGAUUUCAGAUUCGUCCACUGA